AUGGAAAAAUUUGACUGGAGAUGUCCUAUACGAAUAAAUCUACUCCUACUGAGAUCUGUAGGAUUGUGGCCUCGAGGAUAUGGAGUUUACAAGCGCAACUUUUACCUCUUUUAUUCUAUCUUCACGACUAUUACCAUCGUCGGUGGCCACAACUUAUCUCAAGUCAUAAAUAUUUUCUACGUUUAUACAGAUUUGGAAGCUUUAACGGCGACUAUCUUUGUGGCAACAACCAACAUCUUGGCCCUUAUCAAAAGAUAUUUUUUCGUGCGAAACCUCCCCGUACUUAAGGAAAUUCUGAAAACUUUAAACACUCACCAGUUUCACCCGAAAACUCUUCGACAAAUGAAAAUCAUCCAGACUCCACUUCGUCGCUGGAAACUGGCUUACAUUUGCUUUUCCAUAAUCGUGUAUUUCAAUGUCGCCAUGUGGACACUUGAACCACUUUUGGACAACAUGAUCAAAAAUCGACGAUUACCAUUUCAAGCUUGGUAUCCUUUCGAUACCAGACGAAGCCCCAACUACGAAAUCGCCUACUGUUACCAAUUCAUUUGCAUAUGGAACAUAACCAUAGCUAAUUUGAAUUUGGACACUCUCAUAUUCGCUUUCAUGAUGUUCAUUUCAGCCCAGUGUGAGAUUCUUUGUGACGACUUGAGGAAUCUUAAUAAUGAUACUUUUGGGCCAAGACUGAUACAAUGCAUUAAACACCACAAGGAAAUUUUACGCCUUGCAAAAGUCACUAACAAUAUCUUCAAUUUUAUUAUUUUGGGACAAAUAGCCACAAGUACAGCUGCAAUUGCUUUAACCAUGUUUCAAUUGAGUUUAAUUGAUUCGCUAAAUACCACAGCUUUAACCCACUUUGCUUACAUGACGGGAAUGUUAACUGAAAUUUUGUUAUAUUGUUGGUUUGGCAACGAAAUUGAAGUUAAGAGCUAUAUGAUUCCUAAAGCAGUCUACGAGUCGCAGUGGUUGCAACAAAGCCGAAGUGUUGCAAAAAAUUUGCUCAUUUUAGGCUGUCGUUGUCGCAAACCGAUCAAAAUUACAGCGAUUAAUUUAUUUACACUCUCUUUGCAAACUUUUAUUGCGAUUCUUCGGUCUGCAUGGUCGUAUUUUGCCUUAUUAUCCACAAUUAAUAGUAAAUAAAAAUACUAAAUUACUAGCUUGCACUAAAAAUUUCUCAACCUAUAAGAAAGUUACUGAGACCCAACUUGUUGGAGGAAAAUGCUCAAUUAAG